AUUCAUGUAUUUUAUCGAGAUUUUUCUUUAGAGAGGAGAGGGGUUGCCAUGGAAGCUCUUCUGUCUUCUUCUCCUAUUCCCUGCAUCAACCUCUCUAACUGUUUUUCAGACAUUGUUGAUCGUCCAAUCUUCCGUAGAUCUUGUCCGAAUAUCAAAUUCCAAAGUUCUGGGAAGAGUUACAACAUCUCCUCCACUCUCUCCCCAUCUUCUCGCUGCACGUCCUCCUCUGCAACUUCAUCGCCGCCUUCUUCUUAUUCUUCCACUUCCUCCAGUAAUCGCCAUUGGAGGGUGCGUGUAGAUACGCCUCCACAAGGGCUCGAAUCCAAAGUCGAUUUCGUCGAUUAUUAUGUGGAGAUUCUCUCGAAGGUUCUGGGCAACGAAAGAGAUGCACAGAUGAGUAUGUUUGAUGCUUCGUACGAUACCCAUUUCGGGUUUUGCUGUGAUAUUGACGAAGAUUCUUCACGCAAGCUCGCUUGUUUACCUGAAGUACUAUCUGUUAGGCCCGAAUUGGAUUAUAAUUGGGCGAAAAGGGAUUAUAGUUUCACGAACCAGCUGGAUUUUCCCCUGUUUCCAGAGGGGAGUGUGAAGCACUGGAAGGUUCGAAUUGAAAAGCCCGGAGUUGAGAUUGUUACUAAGGCUCAGAUGGUUGAUCAUUGUGUUAAAUUGCUAUCCAAGGUGUUGAGGAAUGAAAAGGAUGCACAAAUGUGUCUUUACCAUAUUUCUUGGCAAUCCAUUUUUGGGUUUUGCUGUGAACUAGAUGACGAGUGCAUACAGGAGUUAGCUGGUGUUCCCGGUGUUCUUGAUGUUGUAUCAGAUAACAGUUUCGAGUCACCAAACAAAGAUUAUGGAGGCAAUGCGGCUCGCAAUUCCAAAGAUCCUGAUAAUUCGGACUCUCCUCCCGUAAAGACAAAGAAGCUGUUUAUAACUGGACUGUCUUUCUAUACAUCUGAAAAGACGUUACGGGCAGCAUUUGAAGGCUUCGGUGAAUUGGUUGAAGUCAAAAUUAUCAUGGACAAGAUAUCAAAGAGAUCAAAAGGCUAUGCAUUUGUGGAGUACACAACCGAGAAAGCUGCAAGUGCUGCGCUGAAAGAGAUGAAUGGAAAGAUUAUAAACGGGUGGAUGAUAGUCGUUGAUGUAGCCAAAACCAAACCCUCCACGCGAAACAGAAGCAUAAGCCAACAGCAUCUGAAUCCUCCGUUUCGGGCACUAGUAGGGAGCGAUAAAGCUGAUGCUUUUGCUCAUGGGGAGCCUUGAGAUAAGAUGGUUCUCUGCCAUUUGGAAAUGCCAUUUUAGAGCAGACAAGAAAUGGUGUGUUGUUAUAACUCUCAGGGCAAACAGCAUUCAUUAGUUCUUGGUGAAUGCAAAAGUAACAUUUGUUGUAAAAUAGACACAGUAUUUUAUAUUAUAUAUCUAUGUAAAAUCUUUGUAAUAAAUUAAUCAAGAGGAACAUCAACAUUA